AUGGUGAAGCAGAGCGAGACUGACUCGGAGGUCAUGCUUCAAUCUCCUGACCACUCAGAAGUUGUCUCAACCUCAUGGUCUGGCAGCCAUAUAGUUUCGCCUCACACAUCGUAUGCGGAGUCUGAUAAGAGAGGCACACCGCCGAGCUCGCCUCCUCCUACCAAUCGCAUCGACCACACGGCCAUACUCACGAGCACAGACUUCGUUAAAGAAGAAUCGCUUGUCACCGCGGAGAAUCUGAUACAGUCACUUGGUCCCAAUUCCUUCGUAACAAAGAAAACAGAGAUCAGCUUUUCUCAGAGACCGCUGGAUGUUGGCAUUGAUGAACUCCUCUCGGAAAUUGAAAUAUCAGCAGAAGGGAACAGAACAUCGCGGCUUUCGGCAUCGACAGGUUCGGGAGAGAGUGUGGUUUUGGUCUCUGAGGAAUUCCACACCGAAGCUCAAGGACAUGCAUCCGUUCCUACGGCGACCCCGACACUGAGCCUGUCAGGGUCAAAAAUCAUAAUGUGUCACCAGGGAGAGUCGAUUAGCUCGCCACAGAAUGUGGACUUUGAGGCUUGGAAACCACCGAACACUUGGGGUUGUUCGCCAACCAAGGAGGCGGAGGCUGCAUACAUCGACAAGUUUCCUGGCACGCCUACCAGUACCGAAUCUGACCAUAUCAUGGCUCCAGACAUCAACGCUCUGCAAAGGGAGGUCCGCAUGAUGCAGGCCGCGGGUGCGGAACUCGUGCUAGCAAACAUCAAGGCCGAUAUGGGCGAUUCUUCCGAAGCUGCAGUCUACAAAGAAUUCGAGACCACCAAGAAGCGCUGGAUGUUCUCCUCAUUGUACCAAUUUGGAGGCUUCACAAGUGUAGCCCGACAUGGCGGCAUGCUCUGCAAGAGUCAGACGAGCAAGAGACCCAAGAUCUUGGCUCUUUACGAGUCCACAGGUCAGUUUGCCUAUUAG